AAUUUCUGAUUCCUGGCUCACGAGCAACCUUCAACUCUAGCGUUAUAUCAGACCGCCUACUGCCCGCUGUCAAACUAAUAGCUAUUCACAAUGUCUUCGUUUGCUGACGAGGUCGAGUAUAAGCUGCAAGCCGUCAAGGCCACGCAACUGGGCCCCGAUGAGAUUGACACGACAUUCCGCCCAGCAUGCAUAGACCUUGUCUCAGCGGGAUUGGGCGGCAAGGUCCUUGGGUUUUCGGAUCAGUGGUUUGCUGAGGCAGACAACCUCCUAACCCCAACGGCCCCCAUUCGCCAGCCGGGCAAAAUGGUCUAUACCGGAGCGUGGUAUGACGGUUGGGAGACAAGACGCCACAAUCCCGAAGAGUUCGACUGGGUUGUGAUUCGCCUCGGCGUCGCCUCGGGCACUGUUAACGGAGUUGAGGUAGACACGGCCUUUUUUAACGGUAACAAUGCUCCCGCCAUCUCUGUUGAAGGAUGCUUCAGCGACAACGAUGACGAGGUUGUUUCAUGGAAAGGGGGUCGAGGUAAAUGGGAGACAAUUCUCGAUAUUCGGGAAUGUGGACCGAGUCAAAGGCACGGCUGGAACCUCAACGAGCCCACAGGCAAGCAGUACACUCACGUGAGGCUCAACAUGUAUCCCGACGGCGGCAUUGCAAGAUUCCGCCUGUUCGGGCAUGCUGUUCCCGUAUUUCCUGAAGACAAGGAUGCCGUUUUUGAUCUAGCAGCGGCACAAAAUGGCGGCAUCGCCAUCUCAUGCAGUGAUCAACACUUUGGCUCCAAAGACAACCUGCUGCUACCGGGCCGUGGGAAGGACAUGGGCGAUGGCUGGGAGACGAAGCGUUCACGAGGCAAGGAUCACGUUGACUGGACGAUUGUCAAGCUGGGGGCACCAGGAUAUAUCCAGGAAUUUCCCGAUAUCAAGUCGGGGGGAUGGGUUGAGACUGUGUUGCCGAGCAAGACCGGGCCUGACCAGGAACACAAGUUUGCUUCUGCGGUGGUAGAUGUGCCUUUUACGCAUGUUAGGCUUACGAUGAUACCUGAUGGAGGAGUAAAGCGAUUCCGAGCAUUUGGCAAGCGAGCGGUAGACCGCUCUCUUGUCCACGACACUUUGCACGCGACUCCAGUCUCGCCUUUUGCUCGAGCAAGCCAGCUGUGGCAUCUGAUUCGACCGCGAUACCGACUCGGGCCAGCAGCUCAUCCGUGGCGACCGCAUCGGCCAAGUGCAGCAAGCGACGGGACGCACUCUGGCAUUGCCCCUCCUUCCACCAUGGAUCCUGGGGAAUCUGGCAGCGAUAAUGGCUUCGAGCAACCACGAGCCAUUCCCGACGACCUGCCAAAGUCCUUGGACGACCGAAGACAUGCUGGCGGCGAAUUUACAAUGCCCGAGACGGAGAUGUACGAUGGCUGGCAAGGCCAGUCCCAGUUUCUCACCUCGCCAGUGCUAGCGAAGCCGCUCAACUUCGAAAACCUGUCCUUGAACGACACCACCGACCAAGACGAUUUCGCUGGCAGCGGCCCAAAAGACAGCGAUGCCAGAUUGAUGGAAAUGUUGGCAGCCCAAGCAGCCCACCGCAAUGAAGCGGCGCUGGAAGACGAAGAUGCCAUCAUAAACAACGACAAGAUGUCCGAGUCUGAGAAGAAGGAUAUACUACAAAGAGCAUUGACUAUGGCUGCCAGCAAUGGCGAUACCGCAAAGGUCAAGAAGCUGCUUGAGGGAGAUGCGAAGCCUUUUGUGGACAUUAAUCUUCCUGAUGAUGAUGGAACUCCGGCACUGAUCUACGCCAGUUGUUUUGGUCACGAGAAGGUUGUCGAGGCUCUGAUUGAAGCGGGUGCUAAUGUAAACCAGCAGGACCGCAACCAAUGGACACCAUUUAUGUGGGCAAUGACAAAUCGCCACAAGGUGAUAUCAAAGCUGCUACUCGAUAAGGGAGCAUCGUCGGAGCAGAAGACAUCAUCUGGACGGACGGCUUUUGACUUUGUUCCCCCGGAUAGCGAUAUGUCGUUUUAUUUGCACGAUAAUGGAUAUAAUAUUGGGAGUGCGGGUACCAUGGGGGAUUUCUAUAACGCUGGCUUCUCCCAAGACCGGUUCGAGGAAGAAAUGGCGGAAAACGAGAUGCGGAGACGGCUGAUGAUGGAGAGCGCUCGUGACCUAGAAGUUGACCUGGGAAAUGUUGGAAUGGACGAUCAACCAGAGCCCGUGGACGAAUUUGAAGAAGAGCAACAGGAGUUUGACUGGAGCCGCUGUCUCCACGACCAAAUGUUCGUCUUCCAAGAACAUGAAUUGGGCCGGCUAUUGGAUAUUGUCGUCACCAACAUGACUCCUCAGCGGUCGCCAUCGCAGAAACCAGUCCCGGCCAACAUGAUAUUCCUCAGUGCCAGAUAUGCACACUACCAUGCUAGCCCGGAUCUGCUGAGGAGGCUACUGGUAUCUGCCAUGGAGUGCAUCAAUGCCGUAGUUGAAAAGUCCCAGUGGGACAUGACUAUCCUGGCUUUUUGGAUCUCAAACGCGACGCUGCUCCUGCAUUAUCUCAAAAAAGAUGCUGGACUAGUUGAAGCAACCACCGAGUUCCAGGCACAGCUAGCAGAACUGAUCAACGAGAUAUUUGUCCUCAUCGUCCGAGACGCCGAAAGACGUCUGGACAAAGUGCUCGACCCUGCCAUGCUGGAACACGAGACAAUUCCCGGUUUCGAGGACAUUGCAUUCCAAAACGAAUGGAAAAUCUUCAAAAGAAAGUCUACGGUUAAGGAGCAGCCCCUCGAGAAGCGCUUCCGUCCGCCGUCCCCGAAACAAAGGGCAAAACCCGCACCUCGAAAUGUUACGUCCUUGCUAUCAUCGACGCUCUUUGUGCUGGAUCUCUACGACAUCCACUCCGUCAUCACGGCACAAAUUAUCUCCCAGCUCCUCUACUGGCUAGGGUGCGAGCUGUUCAACAGGGUCAUGUCCAAUCGCAAGUAUCUGGCUAGGACAAAGGCAAUGCAGAUCCGCAUGAACGUGUCAAUGGUGGAGGACUGGGCGCGAACUAACAACAGACAAGCGGAGCACUAUGAGGGCGGUGAGAUGAACUCAUCGGGCGAAACAACCAUGGAUGCGGCCAAGCGGCAUCUUGCCCCUGUGAUCCAACUCCUGCAGUGGCUGCAGUGUUUCUCAUCGCUUGACGCUGAUGACUUGGAGGCCCUAGUUGGUACUCUCCAGCAGUUGAAGAGAAUGACGCCGCAACAGCUGAUUCACUCGGCUACGCAUUACCGCCCCGAAGUUGGCGAAAAGGGAUUGCCCGGUAGCGCCAUGAAGUAUCUUAUUGCCAUCCAGAGGGAGGCGGCACUCAAAAAGGACCGACACCAGAGUGGCCAGACUGUGGGUGCAGAAAGUGCCCCAACCACACCUGUGGCGUCCAACUUCAACGGAAACGGGCCUCAAACUCCAAAGAGCGUUCGGAUAAAAUCGCCGGGUAGCAUCAAGGGUGCAGACUCUGACGAUGAAGACAGCACUCCCAAGAGUCUGUUGCUGAACCCCGCCUAUAUGCUACCCUUUGCACUGCCGUCGGUGACGGACAUGCUUGUAUCGUAUGGAGCUGGCUUUGGAGGUGUCAACAGAGAGAGGGAGCGCAAAUACAUCCCAACUGUUCCACCAGAGUUUUUGGAAAAACUCGAAGUGAAUGGCUCUCGCAACCCACCAAUGUUUGAGGAGAAGGACUGGGAAAACGAGGAGGUGUGAAGCGUGGGGUGAGCCUGCUGGAGAAUGAGAUAUGAAGUCGAAGAGGGGAGAGAUGGAUAUUCUUGAUUGGCUGAACCGGAUACAACAUCCAUUGGCAAAGGGUUUUCACCCAACAGGCCAAAAGGGAAAAAAAAGAAGACCAUAUAUAGAAAGCAACAUCUACGGUUUAUUGCACAUUGAACGAGUAUAUGACGAUUCCGACUGAGCGGCUACCGCAAUUUGUUUAUCGACGCAUCUGAAUUUUCAGCUGCUCAUUUGAAAGGGAAGCAGUGGAUUGAAAAAGUGACGUGAAGAUUUUUUUUUCUCUUUUUUUUUCUCUUUUUUUUUCUCUUCUUUAUUUUACCCCCUUCUUCUUGUUGUUUUGUCUACGUAUGUCUUGUUUCUUUUUUUGCUGCUUUUGCUACUUCUGCAUUGGGAAAGGAUGAGCCGAGGACAAUAUGCGAGGGGAGUAGAGCUAAGAGACGUCUUUCCAACACGCAUGAAAAGAGAGGGGAGCAGGGGUCAUGGUUUAAGGAAGAGAGACAGCGUGGCAAGCACUGAGAGGAGGAGAGAGGGGAAAACAGUUCAUGGAUAAUGCAUGCUUGGAUGACUAGUAGGAGAAGGAAGGACUCUGACUCUUGUGUCCGGAAAAGGAUACCGUUCCGAUGAUGCAUAUGUACGUUUUGUAAUUCCGGAGGUUCAGUUGUUUGAACGUUUACAAGCCCCCCCUUUUUUUAUUCUUUCUUUUUAUCUCUACAUACUAUUUUUGUACUACUUAAUUCAUACUUUCACACUACAUAGGUACUGGGCUAUAUUCUUGUAUUAGGCCGAGAGGGAAGAAAGAAAAGAUUGUUUCCUCUUUUUUGUGCUCUCCUCUCCAUCGUACUGAUAAAGUUGGUUAAUAAUGAGCGUUGGCUAUAUAAGACCAGAGGAGAAAAAAAAGGCUCUAACGGUCCGGAGAGGGGCGGCCGCAAGGCUUUCAGUUUUUUUUUGGGCCGCCGGGGAGGUGGACCUAGCCGGGAUGCUUUUGGAGCCCCACUAAUAGCGGGAUGGCGAUUUGUUUACAGAAAGCCACGUUUGAAUGAGAGAAGCCAGUAAGGGUAAGAAGGUGGUCAAUUAAUUUAAUUUUUUCUUCUUCUUCGUAGGUGGACGCUAUUGGUCUUUUUUCGGGAAUGUGAUGUGUCAUUGCCAUGGGGUGAUUCUUUUCACGAUAAGAGUGAAGUUUUUUUUUUUUUUUUUUUUUUGCUUUUUACUGGGAUUGACCCUGCUGAAAGUGGUUGCUUUGUUGUUGGGGUGGUAUUGGGCUGGAUUCUGGAUAUGCGAGGGAGGAUUAGCGAGCAGUAGAUUGUAAUGCUAGUGGUAGUAGGUAUAGCAUAGAGAAAGUAGAUGUUUGCUUUUUUUUUUUUUUUUUUUACGUCUUUUUCUGACUUGGGUCUACGAUAAAGUCAUCGAUUGGCAAAAAGGCGGCUUACAUUUUGGGGGUUACCAAAGAUCAAUCGAGAGCUACUCUGGGUACAUGUACAAAUCUUAUUUGGCCGUCUUAACCGCCUAUUAGACUAAAUAUCUAGCUAUCUAUCAAUGUCAGGCAGGAUUCUAUGCCAAGGUCGCACAUAUUACGUGGAUGGCAAGCAAGCAAUAAACGGGCAGCAAUUGGGGGCCUCGUUGAAGACGUCGGUGCUUGGCCUCCCUCGAGCUGAGGAUUCCCGCCCACGGCACAUAAUGUGUGUGCGUGUGUGUGUGUGUGUGCCCUUUUUGAAGAACAAGAGGUAGAAAAAAAAGGACCACAAAACCCGUCAAUGGGCUGACGGGUAGGACAGAGUCGUAGUACGGCCGAGGGCAACGGAAAAUUAAGGCACUCGGUACCUGAGAGGGGGGAACCUCGCAAUACUCCUACGAGGUGCCACAUCCACACACACCAGAGGGAUGAAAACGAAGAAAAAUACAACGCAAACUCAAUUGAGAAAAUAUC